UUUCUAGUUAUCUUUGUAUUUUAGGAAAUAACAAAAAGUUAAAAAUUUACGUGACUCUAAUGUCAUGGAGGUAACAGAUGUUUUUUAGCUGCCAAAUUGUUGAAAUGAUGUUGAACUCAUGUUGUGCUGUUUAUAGACCUGCCCUCUGAUUUGACUGAUGCAGGAGGAGCCUCAUGGAAGCAUUUUCAUGUGGAUUCAGUGUAUUUAAAGGAAAUUUCCAGACUUGAAGACAUAUUAGUCACAUUGUGAACAUGGCUGACAGACAGCUCACACUGUUGGUGGUUGCUGUGUUUGUUUGGAGUGGUGCUGAAGGUUGGAGCAUAACAGAGUCUGAACCAGCAGUGAAAAGACCUGGAGAGUCCCACACACUCACCUGUACAACAUCUGGAAUAUCAUUUAGUAGCUACUGGAUGCACUGGAUCAGACAGACUCCUGGUAAAGGACUGGAGUGGAUCACUAAUAUCGAAUAUGACAGUGAUAGAAUCUAUUACUCUCAGUCAGUCCAAGGCAGGUUCAUCAUCUCCAGAGACAACAGCAAAGAGCAGCUGUAUCUGCAGAUGAACAGCCUGAAGACUGAAGAUUCUGCUGUUUAUUAUUGUGCUCGAGACACACAAGUGACACUAACAACUGAAACCAAAUUCCUUAAGAUGAUGGACUACAGGACAGGACUGCUGCUGUUAACUCUCUGCUGGGCAGGUGUUGAUGGUCAGACUCUGACAGAAUCUGAAUCAGUGGUUAAAAGACCUGGAGAAUCCCACAGACUGACCUGUACAGGAUCUGGAUUCACAUUCAGCAGCUAUAGGAUGAACUGGAUCAGACAGACUCCUGGUAAAGGACUGGAGUGGAUCACUUUUGUGCACACAGGCAGUUCUCAUUUCUAUUACUCCCAGUCAGUCCAGGGUAGAUUCACCAUCUCCAGAGAUGAUUCCAGCAGUAAAGUCUAUCUACAGAUGAACAGCCUGAAGACUGAGGACACAGCAGUGUAUUACUGUGCCAGAGAGACACAGUGAGAGACAGAAAUAGAGUCGUACAAAAACUACUUCCUCUUUUAAUCACCAUGAUGGAGACGGCAGAGUAAGGUUUAGUGACAACAGCA